CGAGCUCGGGUUGCGGCCGCCUCUACGUCUAUAGACAGCCCUGUACUCCUGGUGGCUGCCACUAUGGGAGAACGUGCGGCGCUGGAGGAGCUGGUGCGACUUCAAGGAGAGCGCGUGCGGAGCCUCAAGCAGCAGAAAGCCAGCGCCGAGCAGGUCGAAGAGGAGGUGGCAAAACUACUGAAACUGAAGGCUCAGCUGGGCCCUGAUGAAGGGAAACAGAAGUUCGUGCUCAAAACCCCCAAGGGCACACGAGAUUACAGCCCCCGGCAGAUGGCAGUCCGCGAGAAGGUAUUUGAUGUCAUCAUCCGCUGCUUCAAGCGCCAUGGUGCGGAAGUAAUCGAUACCCCUGUGUUUGAACUGAAGGAAACACUGACUGGAAAGUAUGGGGAAGACUCUAAGUUGAUCUACGACCUGAAAGAUCAGGGUGGGGAGCUACUGUCCCUGCGCUAUGACCUUACUGUUCCCUUUGCUCGAUAUUUGGCAAUGAAUAAACUGACCAACAUUAAACGAUACCACAUUGCUAAAGUCUAUCGGCGGGAUAACCCAGCUAUGACGCGAGGCCGCUAUCGUGAAUUCUACCAAUGUGACUUCGACAUUGCUGGGCAGUUUGACCCCAUGAUCCCCGACGCGGAGUGCCUGAAGAUCAUGUGUGAGAUCCUGAGUUCCCUUCAGAUUGGUGACUUCCUAGUUAAGGUGAACGACCGGCGCAUCCUUGACGGCAUGUUUGCCGUGUGUGGGGUCCCUGACAGCAAGUUCCGUACCAUCUGCUCUUCGGUGGACAAGCUGGACAAGGUAUCAUGGGAGGAAGUAAAGAAUGAGAUGGUGGGAGAGAAGGGCCUCGCACCUGAAGUAGCUGACCGUAUUGGGGACUAUGUCCAACAGCACGGUGGGGUCUCCCUAGUGGAACAACUGCUCCAGGAUCCUAAACUAUCCCAAAACAAGCAGGCCUUGGAGGGCCUGGGUGACCUGAAGCUGCUGUUUGAGUACCUGACCCUAUUUGGCAUUGCUGACAAGAUCUCCUUCGACCUGAGCCUAGCUCGGGGACUGGACUACUACACUGGGGUGAUCUAUGAAGCAGUUCUGCUACAGGCCCCUGCUCAGGCAGGAGAAGAACCCCUGGGUGUGGGCAGUGUGGCUGCUGGUGGGCGCUAUGAUGGACUGGUGGGCAUGUUCGACCCCAAAGGGCGCAAGGUGCCCUGCGUGGGCCUCAGCGUUGGAGUGGAACGGAUCUUCUCCAUCGUGGAGCAGAGGCUAGAGGCUUCCGAGGAGAAGGUUCGGACCACAGAGACACAGGUACUCGUGGCAUCAGCACAGAAGAAACUGCUGGAGGAGAGACUGAAGCUGGUCACAGAGCUGUGGGAUGCUGGGAUAAAGGCAGAGCUGCUCUACAAAAAGAACCCAAAGUUACUAAACCAACUGCAGUACUGCGAGGAUACCGGCAUCCCCCUGGUGGCCAUCAUCGGGGAGCAGGAGCUCAAGGACGGUGUCAUCAAGCUCCGUUCAGUGGCAAGCAGGGAAGAGGUGGACAUCCGAAGGGAAGACCUUGUGGAGGAAAUCAGAAGGAGAACAAGUCAGCCCCUCUGCAUCUCCUGAUGUGAGCAGACUCUGCCAGCGGAAAGUGGGACUGGCACAGCUGGACACUAAGACAAAACCGCGUGUAUUCGUCAACAGUUUCGCACAUCUCUGUGCCAGCAGGAAGACCUGAAGCGUGAACAGAGACUUUUUAUUUUUAUGAUUAUCGCAUUGGUAAUUAUUGGCAAAAGUGGCCAGGUACUACACUAUUUUACAUAGGCUUAAUCCACUCUGUUCUCCCAGGCCUGGACCUAAGAUGGUCUCAUCUAUAGGGCCCCCUCCCUGAAACAAGAGGGAACAUCGCCGAAAGUCCAAUAAAAUGCCUCAACCACUGGACCCUGGUCACUAUUGCGGA